GCGACGACGCUCUGUGGCAAAUCUUGUGUACUGCAAGUACACCUCCGCGAGCGUCACUUCCUUUUAAAAGAGCACCAGUAAAAUCGCACAGUACAAAUAUGAUGGUAUUUUUCUAGAAUAGUUAGCUUACUUAAUUUGUUGUGUUAAGGUUGAAUUAAAUUUUAUUAAGUAAAAAUAAUAAGUAUUUAUUUGCACUUCCGCUUUUAGUAUCGGUGUCCCAGCAUGCAGGUCAACGUUACUAGUUUUAUUUUCACUUUCUCAGUCGCAUUUGCAAUUGAUGACAUCUUUUGGCUUUCAAUUCCAUGCUGUUUAGCGACACGCUUUGGUUCAGGUGAUAUAAGCCCGAAAGGACAUGGCUAGAAAGGGACCGAUGCCACGGAGCACUGCUUCCUGCCUGUGUGUUCUCACUGCGUUCCUGUUCAGCUCUUCUGUUCUGUCCGCCGCUGCGACGGAACAAAGUGAUGGAGAGAAUAAAACGCCCUCCCCUCGAGCCACUAACGGUCAACCGUUUCCGUGGGACAAAAUGAGGCUUCCCGAAACGGUAUGGCCUUUGCACUACGACCUCUUCAUUCAUCCCAACCUGACCACCCUCGACUUCACUGGGACCGUUCAGAUCCAGCUAGAAGUGUUACAGGACACUUCAGUCAUCAUUCUGCACAGCAGGGACCUCCGGAUCUCCAAGGCGGCCCUCCUAGAAUCGAGCAGAAUCCUGCCCCUACAGGUCCUGGAGAACCCUGAGUUCCAGCAGGUGGCUCUCCAGGCAGAUGGCGUAACUUUUACCCAGGGCAGCAAGUGCGCCGUGUACCUGGAAUUCGCGGCUAAUCUCUCCGAGAGCUUCCACGGGUUUUACAAAAGCACCUACCGCACGAGCCAGGGAGAAGUCAGGGUUGUGGCCUCCACCCAGUUUGAGGCCACCAGUGCCCGCGCUGCCCUCCCCUGUUUCGACGAGCCUGCCUUCAAAGCCAACUUCUCUGUCCGGAUCCGCAGGGAGGCCAGACACAUCUCGCUGUCCAACAUGCCCAAGGUAAAGACGGUUGAGCUGUCCAGCGGACUGCUGGAUGACCACUUCGAUAUGAGCGUGAAGAUGAGCACCUACCUGCUGGCCUUCAUCGUGUCGGACUUCCUGUCUAUCAGCAAGAUGAGUCAGCAUGGAGUCAAGAUAUCGGUGUAUGCUGUGCCGGAGAAGAUUGACCAGGCUGAGUUUGCAUUGGAGGCUGCAGUGAGGCUUCUGGACUUCUAUGAGGAUUACUUUGAUAUUCCUUACCCUCUUCCCAAGCAAGACCUGGCAGCCAUCCCGGACUUCCAGUCUGGAGCCAUGGAGAACUGGGGUCUGACCACCUACCGGGAGUCUGCCCUCCUCUUCGACCCCAAGAAGAGCUCUGCCUCCGACAAGCUCGGGAUCACCAUGAUCAUCGCGCACGAGCUGGCCCAUCAGUGGUUUGGUAACCUGGUGACCAUGCAGUGGUGGAACGACCUGUGGCUGAACGAGGGCUUCGCCAAGUUCAUGGAGUUUGUGUCUGUCAACAUCACCAACCCCGAGCUGCAAGUGGAGGAUUACUUCCUGGGGAAGUGUUUCGAGGCCAUGGAGGUGGACUCCCUGAGCUCAUCCCACCCCGUCUCCACCGCCGUGGAAAACCCCGCCCAGAUCCAGGAGAUGUUCGAUGAUGUCUCCUACGACAAGGGAGCGUGCAUUCUGAACAUGCUGAGAGAUUAUCUCACGCCUGAGGCUUUCAAAAUCGGGAUCAUCCGUUACCUGCGCCGCUACAGCUACCAGAACACGGUCAACGCCCACCUGUGGGACAGCCUGACCGGCAUCUGCCAGUCAGAUGACCUGGAUGAAGGGAGGCUGAAAGGAGGAUUCUGUUCCCGGGGAAAGUCUGAGUCGGCAGCUUCCAAGUGGUUCUCGGAAGACGAGCUGGACGUGCGUGAGAUGAUGGACACCUGGACCCUGCAGGAGGGGUUCCCCCUCAUCAGUGUGGAGGUCAAAGGUCGGGAGGUCAGACUGAGCCAGGAGAGGUACCUUAAAAGCGAGGACCCCACACAGACCUCGGGCUUCCUGUGGCAGGUUCCUUUGACCUACAUCACCAGCCGCUCCCCCACCAUCCAUCGCUUCCUGUUGAGGACCAAAACAGACGUGCUGUACCUGCCUGAGGAGGUGGAGUGGAUCAAGUUCAACGUGGACAUGAGCGGGUACUACGUCGUCCAUUACGAGGGCAGAGGCUGGGACUCCAUCAUUCACCUGCUCCAGCACGACCACACGGCCCUCAGCAGGAACGACCGAGCCAGCCUCACCAACAACAUCUUCCAGCUGGUCAGCAUAGGGAAGGUCCCUCUGGACAAGGCCCUAGACCUGUCUCUGUAUCUGAGUAGUGAGACAGAGAUCAUGCCGGUGAUCCAGGGCCUCCACGAGCUGGUGCCCCUCUACAAGCUGAUGGAGAAGAGGGACAUGGAGGAGCUGGAGAACCAGAUGAAGGGCUACAUCGUGGACCUGUUCCAGGACCUGAUCGAUCGGCAGACCUGGACGGACGACGGUUCGGUGUCCGAGAGGAUGCUGCGUAGCUACCUGCUGAUGUUCGCCUGCGUCCGCCGCUACCCGCCCUGCGUCCGCACCGCCACCGAGCUCUUCCGCCAGUGGAAGGAGUCUGACGGCAACAUGAGCCUUCCCAAUGAUGUUAGCAUGGCGGUUUUCGCGGUGGGUGCCCGCACUGAAGAGGGGUGGGACUUCCUGUUUGAGAAGUACCGCCAUUCCCUGUACAUUUCGGUGAAGAGCCGCAUCAAGUCAGCCCUGUCCAUCAGCCCCCUCUCCCACAAGCUGAAGUGGAUGAUGGAGCAGAGUCUGCUGGGGGAGGUGAUGAAGACACAGGACCUCCCCCAUGUGGUGAUAACGGUCAGCAAAAACCCCAAAGGCUACAAGCACGGCUGGGACUUCCUGAGGGACAACUGGGGCACCCUGGUGAAAAAGUUUGACCUCGGUUCUCACUCCAUCUCAAACAUGGUGAUCGGAGUGACCAACCAGUAUUCCACCAGGGAAAUGCUAGAAGAGGUUCGGACGUUCUUCAACUCCCUGACGAAGGAGACGGGGGCGGAGCUGAGGUGCCUGCAGCAGUCUCUGGAGAGCAUCGAGGAGAACAUCCGCUGGAUGGACAAGAACCUGCCACUGCUCCAGGGGUGGCUGGACCGCCAGGGGGCAAAGCCGGGGGCCACGGCCCACACAGGGGCCUGAGCAUCUGGGGCCGGAGAAGAUGGUCCACGGACAUCAAGAAGAACAGAGAUACUGUGUUCACAAGGUGUGGGUUCAUUCCAAUCGCUUUUUUAAAAUCUGUGCUCAUCUCCUCGAGUGAUCUGGAAAUCGAUCAACGUCCGCCAUCUUUAAAGACAGUCCAGUUAAUGAAAUGCUCCUACUUGGAGGAGCGAGGAGGUUCCUGGAGGAGUCUUCAGUGAAGAUACACAAGCCCAGCCUUUAUGGAAGUCUUUUCAGAAGGCAUGAUGUGAAAUUAUCUACCUGUGGAUCCACCUCUAAACAUCUGCCACUUCUGUAACUGACAUCGCUUAAACUGCUGCUUGACUGAGCAUGGACGCUCCAUUUGCCCAGUACGUUUCCUCGAUUCCUCCAUCCUCGUAUGUCAUGCUUACAUCUCUUCCUCACACCCUCCGUUGGUUGGAGCUAAGGAAUGUGAAAAGGAAGGGAUACAAGCAAUGAAAGUAAACGAUUGGAAUGAACCCAUCACAUCAGUUAAAAAACUCUUAAGUGUCUUUGGAUAUCUGCAACAAUUUAAAUUUCCCCACUUUGGCAGUCACAGCAGUUAUCGUGAUAUCUGCGAAAAACCUAUUGAAUCAUGGGUAUUUAAUUAAUUUACUGUGAACUGUUUGUGUGACACUGAACAUUUUUAUGAAUAUGAAUUUGUGUUUCUUUCUUUUGAGUAGAAUGCUAAGCCUAAGUCUUCUUUUCAUUUUAUCUCCAUUUACUGAUGCUGUUGCACUGAUAAUCAUUCACAAAGACCCUGUUAGCCUCUCAUACCGGCCCUCUGUCCAAACCCCAUGACCGCAGAGCAUUCUGCCUUUCUUGCAUCCUUUUAUUGGAGUCAUAUUUUUGCUUUCUUUGUGCUGUUUGCUGUUACUGUCUGUGUGUGCACGUGGGAGAGAGUGUGCAUUAUUCUAAUUUCAUUUCUGUAUUUCCUUUUUUUUCAGUUUUUGAUUCAUGUUAAUUCAUUCAUAUGUACAACACACAGGUGAUUAUUGUUGUUUAGUUCAUUUGAACCGACAAAAAAUACUUAAGAAAAUCCAGGGGACAUUCAUAAGCUAUUCCCAUGGUUUCAGGAUCUUCCAUUAAUUUAACUGUUUUACUCUGCAGUCCACUUUAAGCUGUGCAGCCAUUGUCGCUGUUGUGCAGUAAGGCAGCGAGGUGUCGUGCCCACUGAAGCCCUGUUUUUCUGGCCAGCACUGUGGCCAGUUGUAUAGCGUCCUACAGAACUCAGCCACAGCUACACAGACAGUCAGGAUUCAGUAAAAGGCAGAUGUCUUCCU